UUCACAUCCCCUCACUAACAAAGAGACCCAGAGCUGCUGUCUCUUACAUCUCCCAGUAAAUGUGGUGAGUGAUGCGCAACUAACGAUUGACGCUCCUGCACAUCGAGGCGAAGACGAAGAGAUAAAGAGCAUAACUACACCUUGCUCCCAAAGAGGAGAAAUUAGGAGAGAGUUUGAAAAGUUUCUGACGGACUUCAGUGAAGGUAAAAAGCAAAAAUGGUGUCGGCCGGACUGGAGAUCCUGGGACUAUCGCUGUGCGUAAUUGGCUCGCUCCUGGUGAUGGUGUCCUGCGGGCUGCCCAUGUGGAAGGUGACGGCUUUCAUCGAAGCCAACAUCGUGGUGGCUCAGACAAUUUGGGACGGCUUGUGGAUGUCGUGUGUGGUGCAGAGCACGGGUCAGAUGCAGUGCAAGGUGCACGAUUCCGUCCUCGCCCUCACCCACGACCUGCAGGCGGCUCGAGCGCUCACCAUCAUCUCCUCAGUGAUGGGCGUGCUGGGGCUCAUGGUUGUGAUCGCGGGGGCGCAGUGCACCAAUUGUAUCCGCGCUGAGAACGUUAAAGCCCGGGUGGUGAACGCCGGAGGGGUCAUCUACAUCAUCAGCGGUCUGUUCGUGCUGGUGCCUCUCUGCUGGAUGGCCAACAACAUCAUAUCGGACUUUUACAACCCUCAGGUGCCCGCAUCCAAGAAGAGGGAGAUCGGCGCUGCGCUCUACAUCGGCUGGGCGGCCUCAGCGCUGCUGCUGAUCGGAGGAGCGCUGCUGUGCUGCUCCUGCCCCUCCAGCGGGAACUCUGGAUACUCUGUAAAAUACGCACCGACCAAGAGAGCCACGCCGAACGGGGACUAUGAUAAGAGGAAUUAUGUGUAGCUGUGCGGCUCACAGCAGGUGGUGCGCAAAAGUGACCUUUUGAAAAACUGUUUUUUGACGGACGUUAUCUUUGCACCUGCAGUUUUUUUUUUUUUUUUUUUAAAUCUGAACUUUGAAAAUCAAUGGAAGCACAUGUGCUGUUUUUACACUGGCCCUUUAAUAUGCUCGGACCACAAAUUCACACAUCCUCUACAUCCUUUUUGUAUCUAUCUACAGGAGAUUAAAAAAAAGACUAUCAACCACAAGAGGUAGCUCACGACAAAAAGGAGUAUCUUUGUUAGGUACCUGGUUUUGUAAGUCUUUGAAAUUAUUAGUAUUUUGAAUUGUUUACCGUUUGUAACCGAAAAGUUUUUUCUUUUCUAGAGGAACUGUCGCCAUCGAAUAUAUACACUGAUGUUGUUUUGCCAUGAUGUGCACUAUCAGCACAAACUUGUACAGUAACUGAGAAUGAUUGCACUCCCACACAUUCAAAGACCCAUUUCCUUUAGUGGAGCUACGCCGACAUGUUUGAGGACUCCAACAAUGUCCAAUACAGAACGAGGAGAAGAAAAGUGUACACAUGGUAAAGCCCCCAAUAAAUCUCGGACAGGCUUUUGUGUUGUUCAUGAGUUGGUGGCGGCGACUUUGAAGUCUAAUUUUGGACCUGUAGAUCCCGGAGAGCCUGGGGUCUGUAUGUCACGACAUGAAAUGUUAGAGUCCGUUAUUCGACUGCACUGAACACCUGCAACGUUUUUUGUUUUUGUUUUUCAUCAUUAUCACUGCAGGAAGUCUUCUCUUUUCCAAACAUCCUAGGAAUAAACUUUUUUUUUCUGUUUUUUGA